CUCUUGCUCCGACAAACGAAACCUCCGCAAACCUCCCGAAGGGCAACGAAGGUCAGGGAAGUCGGAGAGGCACCGACAAAGGCCUAGAUCUGUUCACAUCUUUACGUCUGUGUGCGGUUCAGACCCAACGGUGGCACAGAGGAGGGGAAAUGGACAGAUCUGUCGCCCCAUGUCCGGAGCGUGCCAUCCUCAACAGCUUCCACAGACCGGCCGUCAUCCUCUGUGAGAGCCUCAACCCACAGAAGCAAGAGAUCACCACAACGAAGGAGAGCACGGCUCAGCUCAAGACCAACCACCGCAUCGCUGACACUCCGCCGACCUCCGGCAAGGACGUGCUGCUGCUGAACGUGGGCGGCACUGAGCGGCGGGUGAGGCGACAGCACCUAACGGAGGGGGAGGGGGUGGAGGGCACUGCGCUGGCCCUGCUCUUCUCUGGCAAGUUCGACGAGCGGUUUGUUCGCGACGGGAAGAAGCGCAUCUUUCUCGACAUGGAUUGUCCCGCCUUCGACGUCAUUCUCCAGGGCAUACUGGAGGCGAGGGCCCUCCAGCAGGCGACUAGCGAGGGCGGUCGGGACAGAAACGCGGUCUCCCGCCUGUUGACUGAGGCCGACAAGCGCCAACACAAAGGUACGAUGGACAGCCAGAUUGCUCUUAUGUACUCCCCGUCACCUGUCUGUGUGUCUGUCUGUGUGUCCCUGUUUGUAGAAUUGCAUGAGUUCUGGAUCAAGAAGCUGCUCUCGCCGGUCCACAAGACACCCGACGGUGACGAUACCGCUCAGCUGGCCGGCAGGGAGCAGUCGGUGACGGCAGAGGGCAUCCCCGAGGCAGCCAAGGGUCUCAUCACAGCGCUGAACACCGUCCUCAAGGCCCAUGCUGAAAGGAAGCGACUGCUCGAGGAGGAGCUGCACACAGAGAAGACACGAUACGAUAAACUCAUGACCGAAAUCGAGGUCAGCGACAGCAGUUACUCACGCGGGAGGCAGCUCAUAGGAUCCAUCUGUGUGUCUGUAUUGCCAGGCUGUGAGUUCAUUCCUGGCGCCCAUUGGUGGCGAUGACCCCGUUCGCUCUGUCGAUGUCUGCGGAGAAGUCCUCUCGACGUGUCAGUCGACCAUCGACGCGAUGCCGGAGGAUAUGGCCCUCAAGCGACGUAACAGUGCAUCCGUGUGAGUGAUGAGAUCACAUAACAAAACCGGCAACGAGAAAAUCGGAGACGGAUGCACUUGACGUGCUUUGUGUCAAUCCAUCACAGGUGGGGCGGCUCAGUCCACGACGUGCCCCCCGACCACAUGAGCCGCCUCAUCGACCACCACCGCCGCAAACGACACGGCGCCUCACCUGAAGAAGCCAGUGUGCCGCUGCAGCUGACAGACGAGCGGGCGCAGAGGGCCUUUGAAGUCAACGCGGCCAUGUACGGCGUCAUCAGGUCUGCAGAUGGAGAGCAGCGCAGCAAGGCUGGCCUCGCCGUCCAUCUGUCUUGUUUGUUCCCUUUGUGCAGUGGUGAUGGCUUCAUUGAGAUGCCGUCUGGUGCUCGGUAUCGCAUCGUCACGGACGGCACCGGCAGAGUGCCGACAAAUUACAACCGCGUCAAAACCGACGAGAUCCGGUGGUUUGAUGGAUUCGACGGCCGAGACAAACGCUACGAUCACCCUGGGGAGGUCAGUCGUGUGUCUCUUAUGUAUGAGUGGGAGCGUGAGGCGGUGGUGUCGAUGCGGGACGGGGAAGUCAGGCAGAUCAUACUGCCAGACAGUCGUUUUGGUGCCCCCUACGUUGAGCUGCGUUUGGUCAGCAUAGAGUAGGAGAGUCCACACACACACACACACACGUGGGGGCUGUGUCUGUCACACACUCAUUUGUGUGGCCGGGGGCUCUUCCCUCGUCUCCUGGCUGACUGUGUCCCUCUGUUCUGAGUGAGGGAGUGAGUGUCUUGUCUGACGCGGCCUGUGCGCCAGAGAGUCUAAGUGUUUAUGUCUUGGUGUGAGGACACAUAGGCGUAGGCCGGCUUCUCUCCUGACCUGGCUGUUCCCCUUUAUUAUGCCCGUGGUGUCUGUGUGUGUGUGGUCCGUCUGUGGCAUCUAUGGCUGUCUUGUCCUCGUUCGUGUGUGUGUGUGUGUGUGCGUACAUCCCUGCAUUACUUGAUUCAGCAUGUGAGCGGUAUCUUGUGGUGUCUUGUGGUGUGGACGUGCGAACUGUGUGUACUCUGCUAAUAAAUUCGUCC